AGAGAACUUCCAUUAGACAAAUUGGUUCCCAGAAAGCAUGGCGUUGACUUCAGAAUAUUUUUCACUCUUUCUUCUCCUACUCCUGUCUGUUCUGUUUAUCUUCCUCCUCCGUCGCAAAACCGCAGCCAGAAACCGCCGUCUUCCGCCGGGACCACCGGGAUGGCCCAUAUUCGGAAACAUGUUUCAGCUCGGAGACAGGCCUCACCGCACCCUCACCGAACUAAGGGCCAAACACGGCCCCGUCGUGUGGCUCCAAAUCGGCGCCAUUAACACCAUGACUAUUCUCUCAGCCAAUGCUGCCACCGUGUUCUUCAAGAAUCACGACCACGCAUUCGCAGACCGCACCAUAACCGAAACCAUGCGAGUCCACAACUACGACAAAUCCUCCUUGGCCUUAGCCCCAUACGGCCCCUACUGGCGCCUCAUGCGGCGCCUCGUCACCGUGGACAUGCUGGUGGCGAAACGCUUAAACGAAACCGCUCCAGUGCGGCGGAAGUGCGUAAACAACAUGAUAACAUGGUUGAGCAAAGAGGCUGAGAAGUUGGAAGAGGGUGGCGGAGUCCACGUGGCGCGGUUCGUGUUCCUGAUGUCGUUCAAUCUCUUAGGGAACCUGAUGCUGUCGCGGGACCUGUUCGACCCUGACUCGGAAGACGGGUCGGAGUUUUUCACUGCGAUGAUGGGUUUGAUGGAGUGGUCAGGUCACGCUAACGUCGCCGACAUGUUCCCGUGGUUGAGGCGGCUGGACCCGCAAGGUUUGAGGAGGAAGAUGGAUCGAGACAUGGGCAAAGCUCUGGAAAUCGCGUCGAAGUUCGUGAAAAAGCGUUUGGACGAGAAGAACUCCGAUGAAAAAACAAGGGACUUCUUGGAUGUGUUGAUUGACUUUCAAAGCAGCAACAGUGAAGAAGCACUCAAUAUUUCAGACAAAGACCUCAACAUUUUCAUUUUGGAAAUAUUCUUGGCUGGGUCAGAAACAACAAGCAGCACAAUUGAAUGGACGAUGAUGGAGCUUCUGCGCCACCCGGAGUGGCUGGAGAAGGUGAAAAGCGAGCUUGAUCGGGUGGUCGGGCGUGGAAGAAAAGUUGAAGAGAGUGACAUAGACAACCUUCCUUACCUACAAGCCGUGAUUAAGGAAACACUUCGAUUGCACCCUCCCAUUCCGUUGCUUGUUCCUCGGAAGGCUACGAAGAACACAAAGUUCAUGGGAUACGACAUUCCGAAAGACACCCAGGUUUUGGUGAAUGCCUGGGCAAUAGGGAGAGACCCCAGUGUCUGGGAGCAACCCCUUGAGUUCAAACCCCAACGGUUUGUCGAUGAUUGCAAGAACCUUGAUUACAAGGGAACUAAUUUUGGGUUGAUUCCUUUUGGAAGUGGACGAAGAAUGUGUGCAGGUUUGCCCCUAGCGCACAGAAUUCUUCAUCUUGUGUUGGGAUCGUUGCUUCACGAAUUUGACUGGAAACUUCCGAGUCAUGUCACACCCUCCACCUUGGAUACCAGGGAAAGGCUCGGUAUCACCAUGCGAAAGCUUCAACCUUUGCUUGCUGUGCCUAAAUUAAUUUCCUCUUCCUCUUCCAUCAUUAAUGAUUAAUUAAUACAUAAUAAAUACAAAAUAUAAUUACUUUUUCGCACUGUAACAAUAAUUGUACUUGCACCGUAUUCUAUUCAUAAUU